AUGUGGCCAAAAAUCUUGCUCUAUGCCUGCUUGCAGUUUGCGGCUGUUGUCCUGGGUCAUGGCGUGAAGCCGAAUCUAAGCACAACAGUCACCAAUGUGCCCCUGCCAGCCAAAGACGUACAAAGUACUGUUGAAUUUCGAAAUGGAGAGAUGGCCCUGGAUGGAAUGAGGGUGUUUCCAUCUAAUGAGACGACUGUUGAUUGGUGGUAUUUUGAUGUUGUUUCCUGGGACCAUAAGAGCGAAAUCGUUGUGACUUUCUACACCGCCGGCGCCUCCUUCAAUGGAGGCGCGACACCUAAUAAGGUUCUUAUUACAUACACUUUUGAGAACGGUACAGACUUGAACAUCCAGCUCCAAGCAGAGGACGUCAGGAUCGGAACCAUCGGUGACGGAAGUUCUGGGGAAUACCAGGGCAUAGGUGAUUGGGUUGGAUCCCCAGACAUGUCCCAGUAUGUGAUUCGAUUGGAUUCACCAAGUAACGGUAUCUUUGGAGAAAUUCUUCUAAACGGGGUUGCCCCACCGCAUCUGCCUUGCACUGAUGAUCUAAGCCCUGGCGGUGAUUUGCUGUUGGCACCAGGGGUAGGCUGGGUAAACGUUAUGCCUGAUGCAGAUGCAACCGUCUACUUCAAUUGGUCUGGAACCGUCGUUGAAUUCUCCGGCACUGGAUACCAUGAUAAGAACUGGGGAAACGUGCCUCUGGGUUCCACUUUCCGCAGCUGGUACUGGGGCCAUGGCCGAGCAGGACCCUACUCUGUUGUCUGGUUUGACUUUCUUGCUCUCGACGGCACUGAAUACACAAGUAGCUACGUCGCCCGUGACGGCAAAAUCUUGAACGCGGCUUGCGAGGGUAUAAAGGUUCGUCCGUUUGGAGCCAACUCGACUUAUCCACCGACACCCGCCACUGGAUCGCCUAGCGGCUACAAUAUUGAGCUAUUGGUCGGCCAUGAGAUUACCCAUGCCAAGGCUACUGUUACACAUGAAUUCUUGAAUGACCCGAACCUGAUUCAGCGAUGGAUAGGGAGCUUUGAACUCCUAGGAUACAAAGGAACUGCAUUGUUUGAACAAUUUGCCAUUGCUCAUUAG